AUGGAUGACAGUAGUCCUACACCGAUGCGCGGCGCGAGGUGUUUGUUGACCGAUGCUGAUGAUGGUGACGCACCUGAUGGAAUGGGACCCUUCCUUGCUAGAGCAAGCGUUAUCCUACAGUUGUCUAGCGCUAGGAUGCAGCUGGCUAAUUCCCGUAGGAGGUGUUAUGCAUUAGAGGUUGAACGAGCCAGAGACCAAGCUAGGCUCGCGGACUAUGAGAGGUUUGAGGAGCGGUUUCGCCGCGCCACAGAGAUACUGGUCUGCCCAUUGUGCAAGGAUAUCUUCCAGGCCCCGUGGAUACUCACUGAGUGUGGCCAUACCUUCUGCGAGGCUUGUAUUGCGAGCCACUUCGAUCUCGUCGAAAAUUCGUGUCCACAAUGUGAUGCCGCGAUCACUAUCCCCCCCGUCGAAGACUUUCAUACCGUACAGCUUCUCGAUAUUUUCGCUGCUGCUCCGGGCGUGGAUCCGAUCAAACGCUCUAUUGUCGUUGGUCGGUGGGACAAAUGGUUCAGGGCGAAGGAACCGGCGGACGACAGGAAUGCUACUUUAGCCGCCAGUGCUGGCACCAACGCCACCUAUACUCGCACCAAAAUGCCGCGCUUCGCCAACGAAUCGCAGAUCAGGACGCCCAACUCAAGGAGGCCCACGAUCUUACAGGACGUGAUGACUGCGCGUAUCGCGGCCGAGUUAAAGCUGGCCGGCUAUGGUCUUCUCGAGCCUGGUCCUUCGACUGACCCCGAUCCAGUGGAUCAGGACGAAACUUCCGGUCCACAAGAGCGAGCGCUCAAGUCUCCCCUCCCACCAGGUUUCCAUCGUGCGUGGAUGAACUCCGCAGAUGGCGACUGUGUGACUUCCAACGGGCGUGAAGCAGCUUAG